AUGCGUUCCCUCAUCCGGCUAUUGGGCGCGACGGCGCUAUUCAUUGCAAAGACUCGGGCAGACGAGAGCAUAGUGCAUGACGGGCAGUUGGCGACACCAGGACUGGUCAUUGUCAACGCACCACAGCCCAAUACGCCUUUAGGAGACACCCUGCACAUCUCCCUCGACGUCACCGCCAACGGCCAUCUCCCCCUCAGUCUCGAAGACGACAGCCCUACGCGCAUUCACAACAUAUCUAUCUUCUUGUCCAGCUACUCCCUCGGCAACAACUUCACCGUGACCAAUGGCACGCGGGGUCGAGACGAGGCCAGCCUCGGCAACAUUCUAGAGCAGGAGCCUGCGAGCACGGUGAAGCACGUCAACUGGGUUUGGCCAGACUGCCUUGUCGGCGAUGUUGGUAGCGACGAUAAUCGCGGGAAUUACAACAUCUCCAUCCGCCAGUACUUUCGACUCAACGACGAGGACCACUAUACAAUCUACGACUUGCCGGUCGCCGUGACCAACAGUAUUCCCGCAGAUGAUGAUCGUCCAUCGUGCGAGUCGCUGUUGAACGAGCUGUUGUCGCCAGAGGAGAUUGAUGCGGAGGAGGCGAACAAGGUCGGUUUCUUCUUGGACCCAGACAGCGACAUUGAGCUCGAUUAUGAGGAGCUCGAAGACGAGAGUUCGGUGCUGCCGCGCAGUUGGGUCAUGUUCGGCGCGGUCUUCGUUCUCGCUAUUGCGUAG